GUCAAAUUCAUCCACGAUCAGACAUCAGCAAACCCAAAGUAUAAGGGCUUUUUCCACGGAGUGAGGGAGAUUAUUAGAUCUGAAGGACUGAAGGGGACUUAUCAAGGCCUGACAGCCACCGUGUUGAAACAAGGCUCCAAUCAGGCCAUCCGCUUCUACGUCAUGACUUCCCUGAGGAACUGGUACAAAGGCGAUGACCCCAACAAAUCCAUUAACCCUCUGAUGACUGGACUGUUUGGAGCUUUUGCUGGAGCUGCCAGUGUGUUUGGAAAUACUCCGCUGGACGUCAUUAAGACCAGAAUGCAGGGUCUGGAAGCUCACAAGUACAAAAGCACGCUGGACUGUGCUGUCAAGAUCAUGAAGCACGAAGGACCAAUGGCGUAAGUUUACAGAG